CUUCAGCAUCCUCCCUUUUAAUGAGCCUUCUCCUCGGUGUCGGAUUGAAUAGGCUCAUCCAUUGGUCCGGUGUCUUCAUGACAGCCGUUUAGGAUUGCACAUACAGUCAACAGCAAGGAACACCAUGGCGAGAAACCGUAAAGACAGAGACAGCUGGGGGUCCUUCACAGACAAAGCCACCUACGACUGGAGCUCGGAGGAGGAGGAGCCUGAUGGAAGUGCGCGGCCCAUCCAGGUGCUGGUUGUCAAGGACGACCACACCUUCGAGUUGGACGAGGCGGCGCUGAGCCGCAUCCUAUUGGCCGAAGAGGUCCAGAACAGGGAAGUGGUGGCCAUAUCUGUGGCUGGGGCGUUCCGCAAGGGCAAGUCCUUCCUCAUGGACUUCAUGCUGCGUUACAUGUACAGCCAGGCAUCUGAAGAGUGGCUGGGGGAGGCAGAGGAGCCUCUGACUGGGUUCUCCUGGAGGGGUGGAUCUGAGAGAGAGACCACAGGGAUUCAGAUCUGGAGCGAAGUCUUUCUGGUGGACAAGCCAGAUGGACGCAAGGUGGCUGUUCUACUGAUGGAUACUCAGGGCACGUUCGACAGCCAGUCGACGUUGAGGGAUUCAGCCACCGUGUUCGCACUAAGCACCAUGAUCAGCUCCAUGCAGGUGUACAACAUCUCCCAGAAUGUCCAGGAGGAUGAUCUUCAACACUUGCAGCUCUUCACUGAGUAUGGUAGACUGGCCAUGGAGGAGACAUUCCUCAAGCCAUUCCAGUCCAUGAUAUUCCUAGUCCGGGAUUGGAGUUUCCCUUACGAGUUUGGCUAUGGACAGGAAGGAGGCAUGAAGUUCCUGGAGAAGAGGCUCAAGAUCUCUGAGAAUCAGCAUGAGGAGCUGCAGAACGUUCGUAAACACAUCCACUCCUGCUUCACCAACAUCUCCUGCUUCCUGAUGCCCCACCCCGGACUCAAAGUGGCCACCAACCCCAACUUCGACGGCAGACUCAAAGAGAUCGACCGUGAGUUCAUCAACAACCUGCAGGUGCUGGUCCCGUGGCUGCUGAGUCCCAGGAACCUGGAUGUCAAGGAGAUCAACGGCAGCAACAUCACCUGCAGAGGCCUGCUAGAGUACUUCAAGGCAUACAUCAAAAUCUACCAGGGUGAGGAGCUGCCACACCCUAAGUCCAUGCUGCAGGCCACAGCGGAGGCCAACAACCUGGCAGCAGUGGCAGCAGCCAGGGACCUGUACAACAGGAAGAUGGAGCAGGUGUGUGGUGGGGACCGGCCCUUCCUGGCCCCGGCAGAGCUCCAGGCCAGACAGAGUGACAUCAGAGAGGAAGCCCUCCAGGUGUUUCGGGGGGUGAAGAAGAUGGGAGGGGAGGAGUUCAGCCGACGCUACCUGCUACAGCUGGAGGGAGAAGUGGACGAGGUGUUCGUUCAAUACAUCAAGCACAACGACUCCAAGAACAUCUUCCACGCCGCCCGCACCCCGGCCACGCUGUUCGUGGUCAUCUUCAGCAUGUACGUGGUGGCGGGCAUCACAGGCUUCGUGGGGGUUGACAUCAUCGCCAGCGUGUGUAAUAUGAUUCUGGGCCUGGCGUUGAUCACCCUGUGUACCUGGGCCUACAUACGCUACUCUGGGGAGUACCGAGAGCUGGGCCAGGUCAUCGACCAGGUGGCUGGAGCCCUCUGGGACCAGGGAAGCACAAAUGAGGCUCUAUAUAAGCUGUAUACUGCUGCAGCCAGUCACAGGCACCUGUACCACCAUGCGUUCCCUGGCCCCCAGGCCCGUGGAGAGACGAGCGAUACCCACCAGGAACCCACCAGGAAGAGGAACUGACCUGGCGACCUGAUUGGCCAGAGCACAGCAGGGACUGCUGGGUAUCUUUUCAGUAGCAUGAUGGAUAGAGGAGGGGGAGGAGAAGCAGGAAGGAGGAGGGAGGCAUCCUCACCCGUUGGACACUCUUUUCCUAUGGUAUUGGCCGGAACAGUCCAGUUCACUAUUUUAAAUCUAAACGUGGACAGUUGUAAUGUCCCAGAGGUAGUGGCAUAAUCUGCCCUUUGAACCGGGUUGCUUGGCCUGUUGCCUUCAAAUAAUGUGUAUUUCACAUAUCAUUGUCUUUCACAAACCACAUUCAACCUUUUCUAUCUGUUUGUAAGAAAAGACAUCUGUAAAUACACGCAGAACAGCAGGAAAGGAGGAGUACAGAUCGCACUCCACAAUGCAAAUUCCUAUCAGCAGUUUGUCUGGGCGGAGGUGCAGUAAGUUACAGUUAACCGCUGAUUUCAUUGUGUUACGUGAGAUGGCAUGACGGCCGUCAGCACCGACAGGUCAUCGUCAUCACCAUCGCUUUAGAACGUCAUCUGUCCGGAAAGACAAUGCUUCGGAUUUCAUGAAUGGAAGAUUUCCUGAGUAUGCCAUUGAGGAGAAGUUUAAAUCAAAUUGACCUCUGACCUAUAAACAGAAUGGCGGUCCAUGUAUAUUGAUUAUCAGGUUAAGUGCUGCUUCUCUAAAGGAAAUUAUUCCAUGUUUGAAAGCCAAUGGUUUUGCCCCAAAUGGCUCCCUCUUCCUUAUAUAGUCCACUACUGUUUCUUUUACCAGGGCCCAUAGUGCUCUGGUUAAAAGUCAUUGUAUUUUACUAGGCAAGUCAGUUAAGAACAAAUUAUUUUUUAACA